AUGCAGUAUGCCCCAGCUUCUUCCCCCCCGCGCCCCCAGGGGCGGAGCCGCCAUUACCGGGGCCCCUCCCCCGAGCACGGCCGGGGCGCGUGCGCGGAGCGCGCGGCGCCUGCGCGCGGGCGGCGCGGCGGAGGCGCGGGCGCGGCGCGCGCCGGGACCGGCCGGGCCGGCACCGCCGCCCUGCAGGACAGCCCCGGCGCCGCUCCCGCCUCCGCCGCUUCCCCCUCCUCCUCCUCCUCGUCGCCGCCGCAGCAGCAGCAGCAGCUGACGCUGCUCGUGAUGCAGCCGGGCGGCGGCGAGGAGGCGGCGGCCGGGGCGGCGGGGGUGGUGCUGCAGCCGAGCGCCGACCCGCAGCUGCCGCCCUCCGCUAGCGGCGGCCUCAUGGUGUUCUACGAGCUGGGGACCGCGGCCGAGAUCGAGCUGGUGGAGGAGGAGGCCGAGGCGGCGGGCGGCGAGAGCACGGCCAGCCUGGAGGAGCUGGAGGAGGAGGAGGUGGCGGCGGCCGCCAGCGGCGAGGCGGCGGCGGGCGGCGAGUGCAAGAGCUGCACGUACGAGGGCUGCAGCGAGACCACCACGCAGGUGGUGAAGCAGCGCAAGCCCUGGAUGUGCAAGCGGCACCGCAACAAGAUCUACAAGGACAAGUACAAGCGCAAGAAGAGCGACCAGGCCCUGGGGGGCGGCGGGGCGGCGGCCGCGGGGGGCGGCCCGCGGGCCGAGGAUAGUGUUGAAGGUUCAGUGUCUGUUGCGAAGCAGAGAUCAGGAUCCGUUGGAGAUCGCCCAGCAAGACCUACUCUUCUAGAACAAGUAUUGAAUAAAAAGAGGCUGUCCCUACUCAGAAGCCCAGAAGUAGUGCAAUUUCUACAGAAACAACAGCGACUGUUAAGUCAACAAGCUUUGGAACAAAGGCAGCAACAGUUUCAAGGAGCACCUGGGUGAUGAGGAAAGAUUGAUGAUCUGCAGAUGAGUCUGGUGCUGAUGGAGGGACAGGAUCUGUAUUUUGUACAAAUACAAACAAUCUCAAUGUUUAAACAAAAAUGGAAGUUGCUGUUGUUAUGUAUUUGUUUCCUGUUUGCACUUUGGAGGUUUUGAGCUUCUUGGGUGUCUGCAAACUUGUGAGCAAAUCAUAGAAUGGCCUGAGCUGUGUUAUGGAAGCUUCCCAGUCUGACCAUUCAAGAGACUCUCUGACAGUCACUCUCCCAGUGCCAGAGACGUCUGGGACCAAAGCUCCUUCACUGCAGGUAGCUCCACUGAUCUGAGAGGUGCCACACUUGACUCUCUGCACACCCAGCUCAAAGUCAGACCAGGUUUCCUGACUGGUUCGACCCCAGGUCUCAGACAUCUGAUUCCAUAAAGCAAUUUAUUAGCAGUGUAAUAACAGAAACAGCUGGCUGGUGCCUCUGAGGAGGGAUCUCAGACAAAGGAGCUCCUGGGCUUUUAUACCAUCACAGUCUAAGGCAAGCCUCACUCUUCCUCCUGAGUCUUCCAUUCCUACCCUGUCCCUGUGUCUAUUCACCUGGUAGCCCCUCAUCUUCCUGCCUUUUGUUGUGCAAAGAGUUGGCAGGUCACUGCCUCCUGUCUUUACUCCCACCCAGAGCUCAAUUUGCGUGUCAAUCUGCAGCUUACAAAUCAGCUACCUGCACCAGAGGCAUUCCUCAUCAGUUGGAAGGGACACCUUUCAUAAGGCCAGCUUGCUCAGAGCACUGUCCAGCCUGGCCUUGAAUGCUUCCUAGGGAGGGGCUAUACAUACCCAACUUUUCUGAGCAACCUGUUCCAGUGUCUGGCUACCCUCACAGGAAAGAAUUUCUUCCUAAUACCUAAUCUAAAUCUACUCUCAGUGUGAACCCAUUGCCCCUUUCCUGUCCCUACAUGCCCUUGUAAAAAAAUCCCUCCUAUCUUUCCUGUACACUCCCUUCAGGUAAUGGAAGAUGGCAUUUUGAAUACCCUGAAGCCUUCUCUUUUCCAGGCUGAACAAUCCCAAUUCUCUUAGCCUUUCCUCAUAGGAGAGAUCUUCUUUUAAUCAACUUCUGACCCAUCUCUGGAUUUGCUGUAACAGGUGGAUGUCCUUCCUGUGUUGUAGGUUCCAGAGCUGGAUGCAGUCCACCGGAUGAGGUUUCACCAGAGCAGAGAGGCUGUGAUGGGUUGACCUUGGCUGGACAUACAGAUGUAUAAAUUUUCAUUACCUGCUAUCCCCUGUCCUUUCACAGGUAUUAUUAUCCUAUCUCAGGAGUAUCCUCCACCCCUCCAGAUGUCCAGAAUCAGGCCAUGACCUGGGCUAGAUUCCAUCAAGAUAGGUGCUCAGGGCAGGAGAAGCAGCACACUUAAUUACUGGGCAACAGCAUUGACUCUGUGCCUCCCACUAUCUUUAUUCCUCACAAAAUUCAUGCUUCAUCAGUUCAUGUCAUUUUUGCUGCUUUACUUUUGCAACAUACAACUUAUAUCACAAAUAAUUUCCCCCCAAGGUUAAAUCUCCUUGGAGCACACACCGGGUCUCCCCAUCCUUCUGCAUUACCUGUCACAGCUGAGUUAGCCACGAAACUCAGUGCUUCAAUAAAACUUCAGAAGGCUUCAGCCAUCAGCACCUUGUUAUUUAAAAGGCUCUCAUACCUUAUCUCUGUUGCAAUCCCAUGGGCAGCUCCAGCUCUUUCUCUCUGCUCUCGCACGCAGCUCAGCUCUCUCCUCCCCUGCCUCCUCACAGCACGAUCAUCAGACUCCAACUGCGGAUUCUCUCUUUUAUCACACCCAUGGGGGUGAGGGCAAGGCUGUUCCCACUCUUGGGUAAUUAUCACAGCUGCAAUGUAUUGGGGGCAAGAUUGCCUUCAGCACUACCUCUGUCUUGUCUUCCCACAGUUACCCACCAGGUACACCCAGGUGUCUGAGCAAAGACAAUCCCAUGAAGGGGUUUGCCUUUCCCUAUAGGGAGAGAAAUCCUGAUUUUCCCAGCCACUUCCCCUGUAUAAUAUGGGGACCUUAUCUCCUCCCGCAGUGUGUAGGGGUUUUGUGUGGGCAGGACUAGAGAGGUUUUCAGAUCCCCUGGUGUUAACCAGCCAAGUAGCUUCUGUUAAAUAUGCAUCCCAAACCUUCCAUGCCCCAUUACCUGACACUCUUAACACAGUCUUCAGCUGUCCAUUAUGCCACACAAUCCUUUCAGAGGCUUACGGGUGAUCAGGGAUGCGACAUCCACUCAAUGCCAUGGUUUUCUUUGCCCAAGAGUUUAAGAGAUUAUUUUGAAAAUGAGCCCCAUUAUGUGAUUUGAUUCUCUCUGGGGUACCGUGUUGCCACAAAAUGUGUCUCUCAAGACCUGAGAUGGUGUCCUGAGCAGUGGCAGAGGUUUACAGGGGAUGCUGCCAGCCAGCCAGUUGUUGCCUCUACCACAGUGAGUAUGUAAUGCUUGCCUUGGUGUGUUCAUGGCAGUGCUCCAGUUUGCCAGGCCUCACCAUACUGGAAACCCAGCUGCUGCCCUCUAUUCCAGGGAAAGUUUACUUCAGUGGCUUGAUUGAUUGUAGCACAUGCUUCUCAUUCAUGAAUGAUCUGUGCAAUGGCCUCCAUGGUCAGGUCCACCCCUUGAUGAUGAGCUCAUUUGUCUGUUGCAGAUGAUGAUUCAUGGCCCCAUCAGGUAGCCCCUUCCACUCCCAGUCCAAGUGUACUUAAGUUUAUUCAGUUUGGGCAGUCUUAUCUACCUGUUCAUUGUUUUGAUGUUUCUCAGUGGUGUGGUUUUUGGGCACGUGAACAUCUACCUGAUGUACCUUUCUAGUCGUGUUUUUGACCUGUGCACUGAUGUCCUGCCCCAGUGCAGGUGCAGUCCAGCCCAGAUGGGUUUAUCUCUACAUUGCCAAUUGGUCUUCCAUUUUUGCAGUCACCUCCAUAGGGCAUUAGCCACCAUCCAGGAGUCAGGAGGGGGACAGGUCACUUUUCUCAUUCAGCAGUCUGUAGGGCUAGUUUAGAUGGCUUUCACCUCUGCAAACUGGCUUGACUUGCCUGUUCCUUCAGCAGCCUCAAUGACUCCUCCACCUCUGAUGGUUUCCUGCCAUCAGCAGAAUCCAUGACUAAACCGGGCCUAGCCUCUUUCAUCUUCUGGUAACUCAUUAUGUGGGCAUACUUCUUGUGCACAAGUCUCUUUCUCUGGCAAUGCUCCAGAAAUCUUUGCCUUCUGGCCAGUCCAUGAUUUUUUCCAGAAUUCCCAAUUCAGCUCAUGUAACCAGUGCUACCCUCUUAUUCCAUGUAGUACUGGCUGAGUGAUCUGUUAAGGGGAUGUUUCCUUUGAAAUCUGGAGAUGUCUUCUCCAAUUAUUUUUAAAUGUUCAUUUUAAUAUUUAAUUUGUUAAUAAAAAUUUGUUCAUGGUAGCAGUGUUUAGCUGUACACCCUUUCCCUACCAAAGUUAUAAUAAAUUAACAUUUUUCUAUAUAACCAUUUACAGUUAAACAAGUCAGUCUUCGAUGACCAUCAUUGAUGGAAUUCAGUUAAUUUCUGUGGACAUUGUGAAACAAAGUUCUGAAACUGAGCCAGUCUAGUGGCAUUACCUAACAGCAAUAGCUCAGGGAUAUGAGAAAUUUAUGUCCUGUAGAAUCUUGCACUAAAGGCAAAGACAACAUGCCAUCAAGAAGUCAGUCCAGCAGUUCAGAAAAGUACAAGUAGGUGAUCUGUUCAUUACCUUCAAGUUGAGUAGGUUUGAAAUGCUUCAUGUGCAUAGCAUGUAAAAGAAUUUGCAUUUAAAAGUUCCUAAAGUGAUAAAUGGCAAAAAGCUUUAAAAAGUAUUAGGUGAAAAGUAUGAAACUGGGAGUUGGACCUUGUUACACAGAGUUAUUUGAAAUUACUAACUUCUUAUAUGUGAAAUGUAACUUAAUUACAGAUUAGAAUACCACUGAUUUUUAAGAGACUAAAUUAAAUUAAAUUUUAAAGCUUUUAACUCAUAAUAGUAAAUAAUUCAAAAUCUGGUCUUUUUCUUCUUAAAAAGGUAUAGUUAAAAUUCUUUUAUUAAGACAACAGAUCUCUAAUCAGCUGCUGCGCUAGACUUCACAUGUUUUCAGCCAAUUAAAAUGAAUUUAAGAAUCCAACCACUGUAUUAUGUAAGUGUUAAAUCCCAUGUUUUAUUUAUAAAAAAAAAAGUUUUGUAUUAAUCCACAUUUCUGAACAGAGGUUAUCCAAAUGUGUUAGGUGCUUAUUAUCAAGGAGUACUUUUACAUUUCCACAGUUUGAUCCACUAAAUAAUAUCUCUUCAGCAGUAUUGGUUAGUCUUACGGAUUUUUACAAGCUGUGCUUUUUGUAUGUACAAAACUUGUUCUGUAGGGAUUUAUUGUAUUUAGCAUUGUGAAAGUUGUUCUUUAAAAAAGAACUUGAAAAGCUUUGUAUAGACAGUUCUGGACCAACAAGUGAGUAAAACCUUUGUUUUUUCUUUAAAAAGAA